UAAAUAAGGGUAAUAUUUCCCAAAGGUGGAAGCCACUCCAGUUUUAUAUUCUAAGUAGAGGAAGGCCAUGUUAUUUGCUCCGACUGGUUUAUGCAUAGGCUAUUUCUCUGCAAUGAAUGAGUGCAACAAACCAAAGGAAUUUUUAAAAAUUAGCAUUGUAAUUUAAGGUGUUUGUAUGGGGUGCAUGAAAACAUUGGAGUUGGAUUGAUGAUUACAAAAAAUAGUUAUUCCAGCCAUGCAAUGAUUCUGCAUAUCUGCUCAAAUACUCCUCAAUCACCGGCCCAGGAGGAUGGGCGGAGCGAACAUGCUCAACUUUUUGCUGUUGUCUGCGGUGAUAUCACGAAACAUAACACCCUGCGUAAUAUGAAGACUUCCGAAAGCACUCGCUUUCGAUCAACAUUCCGGGCAAUAUUUUUGACAGGUACGAUUACAGGAGCUUAAUAAGCAUGGAGACUGAACGGAGGAGCAAUGCUAGCAGAGCCCCUCAACCUACCAGAACAUCGCUGUUGUCAACAUCACAGUAGUCGCCGAUAGGUCCCUGAGAAGGCCUUCUUGCAAACCCUCAGAGCCAUGGAACAUAAACUACAACAGAGGGACAAAAACAGGCCCAGCUACUUUGGCAACGUCAAGACCAGACUGGGGUCCAAGCUCCCUCCUGGUGUCGCUCAGCCCCCCGGCCUCAUCGCAGGCCCCUCGGAGACAGGGCCUCAGACCGGCCCAACCAAGGAGGCCAGGGGCAGCGGUCAGUCCCACCGUGCCGUGGGGCGUCCCCUUGACCACGUCCGCCACAUCCGGAACCCCCAACUGCGCCAGUAUUACCUCCAAGAGGCUACAUGGCUACCAGAGCGCGCCACAGCUAAAUCCAAGGAAGAGGGUCAACCAUCUGAUGACAAAGCAGACUGUAUGCACCUCCGCGUUCCCAGGAGUAAAGGCUCUGGCCAAGGCUCAUCUCCCGUGGCGACGUACCCUGACCCCAACCUCAGGCUGGGGCCAGAUUUGGACACUGUCCCAGGGCUUUCUCCGGCCCCAUCGGCCAGCCCACACUCCCCGUCACCGGACGCAGAAUAUGACAAACUACUGGAUGUGGAGGCGGUGCCAAUGCCUGAUGGACAGCUCUGCCUACUGGCCCUCCCACCUGAGUGUUCCCUGGGGGAGGGGCCAGCUGCCAUGCCGUGCCUCAAGCUCUUCUGCCGCUACAUCACUGACCGCAAGGGUGUGGUUUCUGGUAUCUUGCUGGUGACGUCCAAUAAGAUGUUCUUUGACCCGUGUAAGACUCACCCGUUGGUGAUAGAGCACGGCUGUGAGGAGUACCUGCUGUCCUGCUCAGUGGACAGCCUGGCCUCGGUCUCCUUCUACUCUGACAUCUCCCACGUGCACUUUAACUCCUCCACACACAGGUGGAAAGGAACUAAAAACAUACAGAAAGCUGGCUCCAAAACUGGCAAGACGCUCCAGGAGGGUGGGCGGCUAAGUCGCAGUAGCCCUCCACACCACAAGGGGGAGACUGUCCCAGCACUGGUGUCUGCUGCUACGUUGGAGCUGAGGUCUGCCCUGGCUCUGAGCCUGGUCCAGGGGGUCUCUGAGGAGGAGAAGAGCAGUGACAUGGCUGAGUGGCAGCUGGAGGGGAAGGGUAGUCCGCUGGAGGAGCUGGUUAUGCAGUCAUCCGGGGCUGUGGGAGUAGCCGUGUUGAGCAGUACUGCCACCUUCUGUUGUGGAGGACAGGAGGCAGCAGGGACAGGGAUGGAGCUGGUGGACAGAGAGGGGAUGGAGAAGCAACAGUCUGUGAGGAAUCAGACACCAGGCCCCUCUAGACUGUCUUCAGAGACUUCUGGCGGGCUGAUGUUCGUCAGGCUGCGACUCCAGCAGUCCGCUGGGAAGAAGAAGGGUGUGGCUGCAGGCUUGCUGCUGGGGACAAACAAAACCUUACCCCGGAGGGACUCCUGGUUCGCCUUCUCCCAGGAGAGCUCAGAUGAGCUCUACGCCUACCUGAGCCACUGGAGGCCUGACCUGUGCAUGCUGGAGGGAGGGUCAGAGGAGGGCGACGAAGAGGAGUUUGUACUGGUUGACGACAGGGAAGAGGAGGAGGAGGAGGAAGAAGAAGAGGAGGUGUCCAAGAACCACGGGCGGACUGGGGAGGACUGGGAGCUGGUGACAGUGGAGGAUGGUAGUGGGAGACUCCUUCUGGACAUCGACAAAGAUCCAGAGGGACUGUGUGAGAUCGCAGCCCAGAGUCGCAUCUUAGACACAUCGCUUGUCAGAGAGCUCUCAGCGGAGCUGCCACCCAGGACAGUGGGCCACACGUGGCAGCUGGCUUACAGCACGUCUCGUCACGGCUCCAGCCUCAAGUCCCUCUACCGGAGGCUGAACGGCAGCGACUCGCCUGUACUCAUGGUCAUUAAGGACUCGCUCAAUCAGGUGUUUGGGAGCUACCUCUCUCACCCACUGAGGCCGAGCGAGACCUUCUAUGGCACAGGAGAGACAUUCCUCUACAUGCUGCUUCCUCGCUUCAAGUGUUUCAGGUGGACUGGAGAAAACUCCUUCUUCAUAAAGGGAGACCUGGACUCUUUUGCUAUCGGAGGAGGAAGUGGUCACUUUGGCCUGUGGCUGGAUGAGAUGCUGUACCUGGGCAGGAGUAGCCCAUGUUACACCUUCAACAACUGCUGCCUCUCGGAAAGAGACGACUUCCACGUCAUGGAGCUGGAGGUGUGGACGUUCUGGUGAAGACAUGCCCUCUUCCACUCACCUCGCCUAGCAACACAUACUGACUCUCUGUCUAGCUGUCCAAUCACUGCAUUAAACAGGACUCUAGAACCAUUCUUGAACUCUAGAACAGGACUCUAGAAACCAUCUAUUCUAGUACAAUAAGUUGUUGGAUGUACCUGACUAUUUUGACUUAAUUAUGUGGUUUUGGGCUGCAAACUGAACUGUGAAUAUUCUGAACCUUAUUUCUGAAUGUGGACCAAACCAUUACGUGGAGGGGUAUUGGUGGUUUGGGACAGAGAUUGUAGCCUCACUGCAUUGGAAGACUUGUCCUGUUGCAGCCCCCCACUCCUUCCUUAGGUUGGUAUGGUCCUCACUUUCAGGUGACUCGGCAUUGUGGAUACUGUUGUUCUGUGGUGGAAUUCACAUUUCCUUCUAACAAUGGAUCUCCACAUCUAAAGGCCUGCCUGCAUGUGAAAGCCUGCAUUUCCACCCCAGCACAACUCGCACUGUUAUUCUGGCACCAUAGUUUAAAAUUAAUUAAUUAAAUGGAGGAACUGAAAUUGGAAGAACUAGGGACUUUACUACCCCCUUGUUGCAUAUGGAUCAACUUGUAUGAACUGGUUGAGUCAACGUGAACAAAAAGCGGACUUGGGGGCGGGAAGCGGUCUAACCUUAGUAUCUUUAGAAAUGUUUAAUGUUACCCACUAUCCAUCACACACAACCUGACAUUUACUCUGAUCAGAAAUUAGAUCCAUGUUCACACAGUACAACACGAAUAGACAAUAAAAUCCAAACAAUGUGAAAAUAUGGUUAUUCAUGUUAUAACGUCUUUAUCUGAUACUUCUGGGACAUGUCGGUUUCACCAGUGUUCAAUGCAAGCUUGGGGACACCGAAGAACACUCAAGACUCCUUUUAGCAAAGAUCCAUUUUAAUUUUUUGCAGAAAAUGUGCCACUGUUAGUCAAGCAUAUUUCAAGGGGAUAAUGUACCUCUGUAAUGGCUAAAUGUGCUGCCUAUAUUGCAGCGCUUAACAAGAGGCUGAUGGAGAAACAGAACACUUUACUAAGAUAUGAUCCAUUUCAAGUUUAUCACAUGUUCGUGGUAGAAUCCACAAUGAUUAUCACUAAGUCCAUUUCUUCUUGCCCCUGAUAAAUUCAUUUUGUUAGAUAAUCUUUGGUGUAGUCUUAUGGUUCUGAUCUCAUGGUCAAGGUGUUAAGAAAUAACAAGUCAAUCAACAUAAGAUGUACAUCUACAACUGUUGGCUUUCAUAAAAAAAAGAGAAACAAAAG